AUGCCAGCAAUAACUCCAGAUACUGGAGAUCGCUUCAACUGGAGAGCAAUCUCGAUCCGACACCCAGUUGAUGAGUAUGCGCAGCUAUCCUCACAAAAGCCUUUGUCCAGGAGCACUUUGCAAAGAUCUCCGCGUCCAAAGUCGCCAGGUGCCGAAGCGAUUGCUGGUAGACGAGCGGCUGUCAAGGAGACCUUUCAACGAUGCUGGAAGUCUUACAAAGAACGCACAUGGAUGAAAGAUGAACUGGCACCCAUGACGGGCCAGCCUCGAGAUACCCAAUUUGGUGGCUGGGGAGCUACGUUAGUCGACUCACUAGACACUUUGUCAAUCAUGGGGAUGGAAGACGAGUUCGCCGAAGCCGUCGAAGCAGCUCUGAAGAUCGACUUCAAACCAAGCGAUGAUCGCGAGAGUGAGAUCAACAUGUUCGAGAUCAUUAUACGCUAUCUGGGAGGCUUCAUAGGCGCUUAUGACGUUUCUGGCUGCCACGACACCCGUCUUCUGAACAAGGCUCUCGAAGUAGCAGACAUGGCUUAUGCGACCUUCGACACGCCUAACCGGAUGCCUGUGCCGAGAUGGAAACCCGGGAAGGCGGCGGACGGCGAAGAGCAGCUGCCAGCUCUCUCGGUACUCAUAGCUGAAGCCGCUUCCGCUAGUGUGGAGUUCACUCGUCUCUCCCAAAUUACAGGCGAUAUGCGAUAUUUCGACGCCAUCUCCAGGGUUACGGAUGUACUUGAUGCACAGCAAGGAUCCACGAAGCUCCCUGGAAUGUGGCCGAUCAGUGUAGACAUGAGAACGCCGAACCUGACUUUCGACGCUUUCUUUGGGCUGGGUGCCAUGGCCGACUCGGCAUUUGAGUAUCUACCGAAGAUGUAUCAGUUGCUCAACGGGAAUGAGCCGGCUGGUCAGUAUCGCAAGAUGUACGAAUACGCGAUGGAUACGGCGAUAACGCACACCAUGUUUCGACCCAUGGUGGAAGACAAAGCAGACAUCUUGAUCGCAACCGCGAAACAUGAUGGCCCUGAUGGACAAAGAGACAACACUGGGCAGCACCUGGUGUGCUACGCUGGAGGUAUGCUGGCGCUUGGUGGGCGGCUCUUCGACAACCAGACCCAUCUCGACGUCGGACGGAAGAUCUCUGACGGUUGCGCGUGGACGUAUAAGAAUGCACCGAACGGCAUUAUGCCUGAAGUGUUUUCGAUGACCCCGUGUCCGUCGUGGUCAGAGUGCGAUUACACACCAGGCGCAAAGCCAUUCAGCGCAGUCCACGAUGGCCGUUAUAUUCUCCGGCCAGAAGCAAUCGAGUCGAUCUUCUACAUGUUCCGGCUCACGGGUGAGACCAAGUAUCAAGAGAUCGCGUGGGAGAUGUUCCAGGCCAUCGAGGCGAAUACAAAGACUGAAUUUGGCAACGCCGCGCUCCAAGACAUUAUGUCGACCCCGCCACCAAAGAGUGACAGCAUGGAGAACGACAAAGAGGCCAUCUCAGAUAAGCCGAUGACUAGUGAGGAUCUAGAGCAUGCAAACACUCAUGGCACGUAUCUCGACAAUGACGAAGUAUCUCACCUUUCCGAGGAGCAUCGACAGUAUCUGUUGGAAAGACAUGGCACGCUUGAGCUUGACCCCAUACCCACCAUGGGCACGGCCGAUCCAUACAACUGGCCUCAGUGGAAGAAAGUGAUGAACCUCCUCUUUGUCGCCUUCCACGCCAUGAUGUGCGCGUUUCCUGCUGCUGCAAUCAUUCCAGCCUAUGAGAACAUAUCCGAAGACCUGGGUGUCAGCCUCCAAAGAGCAUCGUAUCUUACGUCUCUACAAAUCGCUAUCCUCGGGGGUGCUCCACUGUUCUGGCGGCCGCUCUCCACACGAUACGGACGUCGACCCAUCUUCAUCAUAUCUUUGAUUGGCAGUCUAGUCUUCAACGUCGGCUGCGCGAAGAGUCAAACAUACGCUGCCAUGGCUGCUUGCCGAGCUCUCCAAAGCUUCUUCAUCUCACCCCCGAACGCAAUUGGCAGUGCCGUUGUGGUCGAAACUUUCUUCAAAAGGGAGAGAGCGAAGUUUAUGGGUAUCUGGACGGUGAUGAUCACCCUGGGUAUACCUCUGGCGCCCCUAAUUUUCGGCUUUGUGACCUACAACGUCGGCUAUCGCUGGAUAUAUUGGAUCCUCGCAAUCGUCAACGGCGUUCAACUCAUCCUGUACACGCUCUUUGGACCCGAAACGCGCUUCAUCCGACAUAACAACGCGCAACACGCGCAGUUCGGGUUUGUGGCCUACAAGGAGAUGUAUCUAAAGUUUCGCCGCAUCGAUCCUACACCCAUUACUGCCUCGGAUUUCAUAUCACCACUUCGACUAUUCAAGUACCCAUGCGUGGUCAUCCCUGCAUGCGCGUAUGCAAUGGUCUUUCUCUUCGCUUCGGUCCUCGCGACUGUUGAGAUUCCGCAACUCUUCGGCGAGAAGUUCCACUUCAACGCACAGCAGAUCGGCUUACAGUUCGUGGGUGUUAUCAUUGGUACGAUCAUCGGCGAGCAAAUUGGUGGACACUCGAGUGAUCUCUGGAUGCGAUGGCGCGCAAAGAAAAUGACUCCUCUCCGCCCUGCUCCAGAGUUCCGUCUCUGGCUGAGCUACUUCGGCAUACUUCUCACCAUCUGUGGCGUGGUUGUCUUUCUCGUUCGCAUCGAGCAAGCCCCCGAUCUGCAUUGGAAUGUGACGCCAAUCGUCGGUGCAGGGAUAGGUGCAGCAGGCAACCAAAUCGUCACUACUGUCCUGAUCACAUAUGCGGUCGAUUGCUAUCCUGAAGAAGCUGGUAGUAUUGGUGUGUUUGUUACCUUUGUGAGGCAGAUCUGGGGCUUCCUCGGUCCAUUCUGGUUUCCUCCCAUGUUUGAAAAUGUAGGUAUCGCGAACAGUGCUGGCAUCGUUGCGGCAUUGCUUGUAGGCGUUAGUUUGAUCCCUGUCAUGUUCACUCAUUGGAAGGGCCAUACGAUGAGAGGUCACAUGUCGGAGAGGAUGUGA